CUUGUGAACUUUCAAAAUCGAAAGUUUUCGAUAAAUGACAGCAUGGGAUUUUUGUUCAUUCUUAUUUUCAGGUUGAAUGACGAAGGAAGUAUUCUGUUCUUAGGAAAAUAAAUAGAAUAAAUAGAAUUUGUGAAAAUGUCGGAAAAUAAAGUGUCGGUGGCCGGACCUUCUUAUGAAAAUUACAUAACAUGUCCGUACGAUCCAGUACAUCGCUUGGCUCCAGAACGCUUCGCCUUUCAUUUGACACGCUGUGCCAGGAAUUUUCCGGCUUCGAAGAUGGUGCGCUGCCCUUUCAACAACACCCAUUUGUUUCAGGUGGAUGCCAUGCACCGGCACGUGGUGAUGUGUCCGAAUAGGGCGUAUUUCGUGCGCUAUACAAAUCCGGACAAGCUGCCCCCAGCUGAGCCACCAACUAAGCCAUUUGAAAUAGAGACAUCCGAGGAUUGGGACGCAGAACCACCAGCUCCUACAUACGAUCCUGCAAAGCGCUGUCGGGAGGGAUUCGUAAUCGUAACCCCACAGGGUUCUUCACUAUCCGGCCGUCGCAAGUUUCGCGAGAAGGAACGCAGGCGUUUCCUCGAUAAUGACAAGUUUUAGGCGUUUGGACUUAUGGAAUUAGGACUUAAUUUACAUAAUUUAAAUUCCAUACCUUAACAUAUCCUCACAUUGGUUCAAUUUAAACAAUUAUUACUCUGAAUUUACUUCUAACAACUAUGCCAAUGUUACAUACAGAACCAUAAAGUCCAUCAAAAACACUAGUUUAUUGAUUCGUUCGUUUUUA